AUGGCUGUAGACGUCUUUGCGGUUCCCGUCUUCCUUGUUGUCUUUCGAGAGACUCUUGAGACUGUCAUCAUCGUUUCUGUCUUGCUUGCUUUCCUCAAGCAAACCCUUGACGGUCCCAAUGGUGACAUCAAAGUGUACAAACAGCUGAGACGUCAGGUCUGGCUUGGAACGGGCAUUGGUUUCUUCAUCUGCUUAGUUGUCGCCGCCGCUGUCAUUGGUGUCUUCUACACCGUUGGCAGGAACUCAUGGGAGAAGAACGAGUACUACUAUGAAGGUGCAUUCUGUCUCUUUGCAUCCCUAAUCAUCUCCGUCAUGGGCGCAGCUCUGCUCCGUAUCGGAAAGAUGCAGGCAAAGUGGCGAGUCAAGCUGGCAAAGGCUCUCGAAUCACCAAUUAAAGCUGGUUCCAAGGGAUGGUUCAAGCAGUUCGUUGAGAAGUACGCUAUGUUCGUCUUGCCUUUUGUCACCGUCCUUCGAGAAGGUAUUGAGGCCGUCGUCUUCGUCGCUGGUGUGUCCUUUUCUGCUUCAGCCAAGUCCAUUCCUCUCCCAACUGUUGUCGGCCUCUUUGCCGGUUGCUGUGUUGGCUAUCUCCUUUACAAGGGUGGCGCGAGCACCAAACUUCAACUCUUCCUCGUUCUCUCGACCUGCCUCUUGUACCUCGUGGGUGCCGGUCUCUUUUCUCGCUCUGUCUGGAGUUUCGAGAUGGCCAAGUGGAACGAGUACAUUGGUGGUGAAGCUGAUGAGUUUGGAAACGGGCCUGGUUCCUAUGAUAUUGACCAGAGUGUCUGGCACGUCAACUGUUGUGCCUCCACCGAAGCUAUUCAGAACGGCUGGGGUAUCUUCAAUGCCAUUCUUGGCUGGACAAACUCCGCUACUUAUGGCUCUGUCAUCUCCUAUAACCUAUACUGGAUUUGCGUCAUGAUUGGUUUCAUCGUCAUGCGUUUCAAGGAGACACAUGGCAGACUGCCUUUCGGAAAGGCUAAGGCUCCUGCCAACGCUGUUGAUGAUGCCGAGAGCCACGCCAGCUCAACUCCCAAGAACACAGCAACAGAGAAGACUACUACCGCCUAA